ACUUAGAAGUUGUCGUACUAGUAUUUCUGAAAUUCCAUUAUUUUUUAAUGUAGGCUGUGGAAGUUGUUUCGACUUAGGAAUUCAAAGACGUUCCCCAUGUAAGAUACAGGCAGGCGUGACUCCUUCCCUCGCCAAUCGUCAGAUGAAUCAUGUGACGACUUCAGUAAAACUACCCGUUUGGUAGCAUAGCCUAGAGCAGACAGCAGUGGAGUCAGCUGUUUGGCUACAGUCCAGAAAACUUGCUCCAAAGAUUAUCGUCCAUAAAGAAACGACAAUUAAUACAAUGUGCGUAGUAUGAGCAACCCCAGCCGCGUCAUGAGGAAGAAAGUGACGGACGACAGAGAGCGGCGGAGUCUCAUCAGAGCGCCGUCUGAAUCGAGCACCAACAACCCUGGCGUCACCGUCACCUCUGCCGCCGGCGAACCGGAGCUGGCCACCGACCAGGAUGUUACACCGGUAUUCGUGUACGUCUUGGCGUUUUUUUCUGCCCUGGGUGGCUUCCUUUUUGGCUAUGACACCGGGGUGGUCUCUGGGGCUAUGCUUCUCCUGAAAAAAGAAAUGCAUUUGACCGCUCUAUGGCAGGAGUUGUUGGUCUCCAGUACUGUGGGUGCAGCGGCGCUCUCUGCCCUGGCUGGCGGGACUCUGAAUGGGCUCUUCGGGCGCAGGAUCUGCAUACUAAUGGCCAGCUUCAUUUUUACUGCUGGAGGAGUUGUGUUAGGUGCUGCUCCAAACAAGGAGGUUCUUCUUGUCGGAAGGAUUACAGUUGGUUUGGGAAUAGGGAUUGCCUCCAUGACGGUUCCUGUUUACCUUGCGGAGGUCUCCCCACCACACCUGAGGGGUCAGCUGGUCACCACUUACACCCUCUUCAUCACAGCCGGACAGUUUAUUGCCAGUGUUGUGGACGGGGCCUUUACUUACCUGCACCACAAUGGCUGGAGGUACAUGUUGGGUCUGUCCAUUGUCCCUGCGGUGCUCCAGUUCUUUGGUUUCCUAUUCCUGCCAGAGAGUCCCCGCUGGCUCCUUCAGAAGGGCCUUACCCAGCAGGCCAGGCAGGUGCUCAGCAGGAUCCGCGGGGGUCAGAACAUUGAAAAGGAGUAUGACAGCAUGAGGACCAACAUCGAGGAUGAGGAGAAGGAUGCAGGAGGUGGCCUAGUAUUGUGGCGUAUGCUGACUCGCCCUCCCACCCGCAGAGCCCUGAUCGUAGGCUGCGGCCUGCAGAUGUUCCAACAGCUCUCUGGGAUCAACACUGUCAUGUACUACAGCGCCACCAUCCUACAGAUGGCGGGAGUGAGGGACGACAAGCAGGCCAUCUGGUUGGCUUCCGCCACCGCCGCCACCAACUUCCUGUUCACCCUGGUGGGGGUGUGGCUUGUGGAAAGAGUCGGACGCAGGAAGCUUACGCUGGGGAGCUUAAUGGGUACUGCUUUGAGUCUGACGGUCUUGGCUAUAGGGUUCCUGUUAUCGGCCCAGCACUCCCCUGCAGUCACUCUCCACCCCACUGACACCUCUUUCAACUCCACCUCCUGCACACUAUAUGGGUCCUGUCAGCCCUGCAUGUUGGAUCCUGACUGUGGGUUCUGUUACCGUGAGAACGGUUCCACUGUAUACAACUCUUCCUGCAUACCUGUCAAUAAAACAUCGACCGAUGAAGCCGCCUGGGGCAGGUGUUCCAAUCCCAGCCAGGUCAGUGAUGGGUCUCUCUGGGCCUAUAACUACUGCCCCACUUCCUACUCCUGGAUAGUGCUGCUUGGGCUCAUUCUCUACCUGGCUUUCUUUGCUCCAGGUAUGGGGCCCAUGCCGUGGACAGUGAACAGUGAGAUCUACCCUCUGUGGGCCAGGAGCACUGGGAACGCCUGUUCAGCCGGAGUCAACUGGAUCUGUAACGUCCUGGUGUCACUCACCUUCCUCCACGUCGCUGAGUACCUCACCUACUAUGGUGCAUUCUUCCUCUACUCAGGCCUGAGUGUUCUGGGGCUGCUGUUUGUGAUGGGCUGUCUGCCAGAGACCCAGGGUCGCAGGCUGGAGGAGAUGGAGGCCCUGUUCUCUGGAAACCUCUGCUCCUGCAGUGCGUCUGACGGGGAUGGGGACGGAUCCAGAAACAUCCUGUACAACAGGGUAAAAGGGAGUGACAUCCUCUCAGACAAUGAUGCCUCGGACAUGGAGUAGACGUGGCGCGUCAAGGAACCUCUCUCUCUCACACCUUCAUGUCUUUUGAUUGGUGGAUUUACAGGCAGUGGUGUUAAACUCACUUGACUGGGCCUUUAGCAUAUAGCAGCUCUCCUAACUGGCUGGUGGACGAGACUUCAACUCUCCUAACUGGCUGGUGGACGAGACUUCAACUCUCCUAACUGGCUGGUGGACGAGACUUCAACUCUCCUAACUGGCUGGUGGACGAGACUUCAACUCUCCUAACUGACUGGUGGACGAGACAAAUUUUCUAUGCAUUUGUUUCUGUCCAUGGAUUUGGUCAUUUCUUUAGCUCCAGUAGUAGUAAGGUGGUACUAUCUGGAGAUGUGUGGCUUCUCAGCCAGGACCAACGUUUUUUAAUUUUUUUAUUGGCACACUAGCCUUAAUUUGUUUGAAUAUGUUGAUGACAUUACUAUAUUUGCUACAGAUUGCACAUUGAUAAACCUAAUGAAAUUAACCUUUCCUUUCAGAAGUUUCGGGAUUCUUUUUUUGCCUUGCAUUCAAAUCAAUCAAAGUGCACAUGAUCAAAUGCAGUCCUGUGGUGUUCCACGUGCUUGUUUUGGUGGAUUAUCAUGUCUGCUUGUCUGGGUGGAUUAUUACGUCUGCUUGUUUUGGUGGAUUAUCAUGUCUGCUUGUUUUGGUGGAUUAUCAUGUCUGCUUGUUUUGGUGGAUUAUCAUGUCUGCUUGUCUGGGUGGAUUAUUACGUCUGCUUGUUUUGGUGGAUUAUCAUGUCUGCUUGUUUUGGUGGAUUAUCAUGUCUGCUUGUCUUGGUGGAUUAUCAUGUCUGCUUGUCUGGGCGGAUUAUCAUGUCUGCUUGUUUUGGUGGAUUAUCAUGUCUGCUUGUCAUGGUGGAUUAUCAUGUCUGCUUGUUUUGGUGGAUUAUCGUGUCUGCUUGUCUGGGUGGAUUAUCAUGUCUGCUUGUCUGGGUGGAUUAUCAUGUCUGCUUGUCUGGGUGGAUUAUCAUGUCUGCUUGUCUGGGUGGAUUAUCAUGUCUGCUUGUCUGGGUGGAUUAUCAUGUCUGCUUGUCUGGGUGGAUUAUCAUGUCUGCUUGUCUUGGUGGAUUAUCAUGUCUGCUUGUCUUGGUGGAUUAUCAUGUCUGCUUGUCUGGGUGGAUUAUCAUGUCUGCUUGUCUGGGUGGAUUAUCAUGUCUGCUUGUUUUGGUGGAUUAUCAUGUCUGCUUGUUUUGGUGGAUUAUUACGUCUUGGUGGAUUAUCAUGUCUGCUUGUUUUGGUGGAUUAUCAUGUCUGCUUGUCUUGGUGGAUUAUUACAUCUUGGUGGAUUAUCAUGUCUGCUUGUUUUGGUGGAUUAUCAUGUCUGCUUGUUUUGGUGGAUUAUUAUGUCUGCUUGUCUUGGUGGAUUAUUACGUCUGCUUGUUUUGGUGGAUUAUUAUGUCUGCUUGUCUUGGUGGAUUAUCAUGUCUGCUUGUUUUGGUGGAUUAUCAUGUCUGCUUGUUUUGGUGGAUUAUCAUGUCUGCUUGUCUUGGUGGAUUAUUAUGUCUGCUUGUCUUGGUGGAUUAUCAUGUCUGCUUGUCUUGGUGGAUUAUCAUGUCUGCUUGUUUUGGUGGAUUAUUAUGUCUGCUUGUCUUGGUGGAUUAUCAUGUCUGCUUGUUUUGGUGGAUUAUUAUGUCUGCUUGUCUUGGUGGAUUAUUACGUCUUGGUGGAUUAUCAUGUCUGCUUGUCUUGGUGGAUUAUUAUGUCUGCUUGUCUUGGUGGAUUAUUACGUUUUGGUGGAUUAUUAUGUCUGCUUGUCUUGGUGGAUUAUCAUGUCUGCUUGUCUUGGUGGAUUAUUAUGUCUGCUUGUCUUGGUGGAUUAUUACGUCUUGGUGGAUUAUCAUGUCUGCUUGUCUUGGUGGAUUAUUAUGUCUGCUUGUCUUGGUGGAUUAUUACGUUUUGGUGGAUUAUUACGUUUUGGUGGAUUAUUACGUUUUGGUGGAUUAUUAUGUCUGCUUGUCUUGGUGGAUUAUUACGUUUUGGUGGAUUAUUAUGUCUGCUUGUUUCAUACCUACUGUAUUUAUACAAAUUAAAGCCUACAUGCAUUUUUUUGCAGGUUGGCAUGGCAAGUGUU